AUGGGUACAGUACUAAGUUUCAGUCCACGAGAAAGACGUCCAAUUUAUACCACCCACCAUCAUGGUAGUGGAACAAUCAGCACAUCCAAUUCUAACUCAGAUUUUCAAUUAAACAAUUAUGCUUAUGAGCAAAUGAAUAAUGCUAAGAAUAGAGAAAAUUCAAAGCCCAUGCAAUAUCUAACUGUGCCAAAUCAAUUUCAAAUACCUAACGGAAGUAAUCCUUUAUUUGGAUCAUCAAAUUCCAAUAUUAUGAAUAAUAAUUUAACGGCUUCGAAUGGUUCGAUUGACGAACGUCAAGCUGACAACGCAAGGAUUCUUUCGGAGAAAAAUGCCAUCGAAAAGAAUUUGAAGAAACAUUCACUGUUUAUUAAUGCUUUGUCAUGGAAACGUUUGUCAUCAUCGCAUGGCAAAAAGAAAGUUGAGUCAAAUAAUGUCAAAAAUAAAUCAGGAGGUAUAACGACAUCAUCUUUCCGGCCACCAGGUCUUACCGACACUGUUCAUCCCAUGGUUGUCGUUAAUGACAAGCCAAAGUAUCAAAAGCAGCAUAUUCAAUUGGUAUCCAAUAAGAAGAACGCACAUGCCAAUAAUCAGCAGCCUAUUCAACAGCCAUUGCAAAAUCAGACAAUUUUCUAUACUUCCGGAGACCCAAAAAAUGUUUUAUCCUUGGAUUUGGAACGUGCUGCCAAUAAUGCAAAUAAUUUGCAUCACCACCAUAAUGUGGAUAAAGUAACAACGAAAAGUUCUAUUCCAGUUCGUCCAAUUCAACUUACACAACAGUCAAGUAAAGUUGAUCAUCAACAGCCAGCGCCAAGGAAGACUAUUAUUCAGGUGAGCUUAUCUCUUAAUUGA